AAUGGCUUGCCAAAUAUUUGUCAUAUUUGCUGGCGGGUUUGAAACGUCAUCUACAGUUUCCUCAACAGCUUUGUACGAAAUGGCUUUGCAUCCCGACAUACAAGAAAAGGUCCGGAAAGAAGUGGAUGAAGUUUCUUUCCAGACAUGAAAGGAGUUAUUACCUACCAAGCAUUAAAGGAAAUGUCCUACGUGGAGCAAGUCAUUUAUGAGGCACUUCGUCGCUAUUCUCCUUUCCCUAUACUGACCAGAAACUGCACCAAGCAAUAUCAGAUGUCAGAUGGCCUGGUGAUCGAGAAAGGCACAAGAGUUGUCAUUCCCUUGGUUGCACUGCAUCACGAUUCAGACUACUAUCCGGACCCUUACCGGUUUGAUCCAGAACGUUUUAGUCCUGAAAAUCUUCGUAAUCAUCUUGGCACAACUUCUAUUCCUUUCGGAGAUGGCCCGAUGGUUUGCCUCGGGCAACGUUUUGGAAAAAUGCAAGCCAAAUGUGUGAUUGCCACAAUUAUCUCUCAAUUCGAGCUGACGCCAGUUCCGGAGACUCCAACUCAAUUGACAAUAGACCCUCUUCAGUUCCUUACAACUAUGGCACAUCCAAUCCUCAUCAGAUUGUCAAAAACGAAAGGAUAAACUACAUUAGCAUUAUGUUAUUGGAAACAAAAAAAUUAAUAAAAAUUGAAUGAAACCUAAAUAAAAUUUUAUAGUAUUA